UUUCUGGGUCUCUGCAAGAGAUCGAGUGUUGUCUUUCACCAAUAAACCGUACAAUUUUGUUCUCUGACAAUGUUGCAUAUUGUUCGAUCUUAAAUACCACCGUAAAGAAUACAUCAAUGCAGAUAUGAUACCGUGAACAAAUACCGUGUAUCCUGACAAAAUCGUCAAAAGAUAAUCGUCUGACAUUUCUGUAUAUAAUCAUGCUGAUUCUUCAAUAUCAUGAUCCAAUUAAGAACUUCGAAAUAAUUAAAAGUGACGGAUUCAUCGCUCGAGUGAUGCACGUGAUGUCUGUCAAAAAUAGCAUGAAAGCACGAUCAUUCAGAUAACAAAUAUUUUAUAAUCUCUGAAUUGAUUGAAUUGCUAUUUCCAGCAGUAUGAGGUUAUCGUUUCCCUCGUGUGCCAACGCCGCAUUCAGAAUUUUAAAUUCUGUGUAUGAUUUUAUUCGCUGCAUACGUCGCUUAUCGAUUGUGUUUAGUUCGCCUUCGCUUAGGCAAGAAAUACCCAACAGUUUAGGCAACUCUAAUUUCAACGUUAUUUAUACGAUUUCAGAUAAUAGCGAUAACAAAGAGCUAUGUAGGUAGUAUUGUACUUAUUUCUAGAAGAUGACAAAACUCGAUUUUACUGAGCAAAUUAUGAACGACUAUUGGAAAGCUCAGGAGAAAUGACAAAAAUUUCUUUGGUAAUUUUACGCACUGCGGCGGUCGCUUCGUGCGCUCUCCUGAUUUUCUACUCGAUCAGCAGCCUUCUCUCCAAUUAUGAAUGGAGGCAAAACGUCAGCUUUUGGGGAGAGAAAAAUAGCUUUGACUGGAGUCAGCCGAGAGAGAAACCCGACUUAGAUAAAGAAAUCCUAUUUUUCAACCGCAUUCCGAAAACCGGAAGCGAAAUGUUUGUGCUGCUGAUGACCUGGCUACAGCGGCGCAACUCCUUCACGCACCUCAGGCUCCGUAGCAACGAUAGGAACCUCACGCCAGAUCAACAGUUGUCCCUCGUGUCCGAAAUGAAAACUCGCAUGCAAGCUGCCGCCCCAGCGCAGCGCGUGAGUUUCGACCGCCACCUUCACUUUACGGACUUUGCUGCGCUCGGCGUCCCGCGGGUCUCGUAUUUCUCGAUGGUCAGGGAGCCCAUCGAGAAACUUACGUCUCGGUUUUACUACGCACGCGCCACACCCCGGCCCUUGGGGUACACGCCCCCAGGCCGAGCCCUCCCCCCACGGGAGCCUCCCCCAUACGCUACGCUGGAAGAAUGCGUCGCCGCGCGUCAUCCAGCGUGUACCUUCGAGCGUGGCCGCCACUAUGACCUCACCAUCGCAUACUUCUGUGGUCACGCGCCAUACUGCACGGAGCUUAGCAAUGAGGCAGCGUAUGAAGAAGCUGAGCGCAACCUGGUGCGUCACUUCAGCGUCGUCGGGGUGCUGGAGGAGCUGAACGCAACACUCGCGCUGCUCGAGAACAAACUGCCGAAAUAUUUUUCCGGCGUCACCGAAUUGUACCAUCAAGAUUUGGGAGCUCCACAUCUGAACAAGAAUUACCAGCGUCCGCAGAAUCUUUCCUCUUCAGCGGAGGCGGAAUUGCGGGCAAACCUCAGCCUGGAGCUACGCUUCUACGAGACUGUUAGAGAUCGCUUAUUGCAUCAAGCUUCUCAAUUAUACGUACAUUGAAAUAAUAGGCUUUGUAGUAUUACAUAUUUUGCUGGGUGGCAGAGAAUUUUGAACGCAUUGUCAUAGUGUAUGUCGAUCUCAUUAAAUAUGUAUAUUAUCUACAUAUAUUGACUAUCGUAACGAGUGCUUCAAAGGACGGGCUAUUUCAAGUCUGACGUGAUAUACAGUUUUGGGUUCAAUUAUUAAAUUAAUAAAAUUUACUUUUAAAAUAAGGAAGGAAUUAAAGAGUCGAUACUAGUAAAUGAAGUUCAGCAUAUACUCUGUUAUUUAUUUGCGAUAAACACUAUUUACAAUCUUUGACGGACUUUUUUGUUUCAACAAUAGUAUUAAUUAUAAGAUUCAUGUACAAAUGAAGGAUAGUAGCAAGCUAGACAAUUAUUUUGUUAAUUAGUUGAAGAUAUCAAUGUUCCGUUAUCGGCAUAGCGACCACUCGAAAACUGCCAAUUUCAUGCAUUAAAAUUCAUCCAUUU